CUGGCGGUCGCAGUGUAAGUGCUCAUGUGACUGGGAAGAUGGCUGUCUUUCCCUGGCACUCCCGGGGGCGGAACUACAAGGCAGAGUUUGCGUCCUGUCGGCUGGAGGCUGUGCCCUUGGAGUUCGGGGACUAUCACCCGCUGAAGCCCAUCACUGUCACGGAGUCGAAGACCAAGAAAGUGAGCCGGAAAGGCAGCACUUCCUCCACGUCCUCCUCCUCCUCCAGCUCUGUGGUGGACCCGCUGAGCAGCGUGCUGGAUGGGACCGACCCCCUCUCCAUGUUCGCUGCCACGGCUGACCCUGCAGCCACGGACAGCUCCAGGAAGAGACGAGACCGGGACGAGAACUCCGUCGUAGGGUCCGACUUUGAGCCCUGGGCCAGCAAACGCGGAGAAAUCCUCACCCGGUACACGACCACAGAAAAGCUCUCCAUCAAUCUGUUUAUGGGAUCUGAAAAAGGGAAAGGGACGGCCACGUCUGCCAUGUCGGAGAAGGUCCGGACCCGGCUAGAGGAGCUGGAUGACUUUGAGGAGGGAUCCCAAAAGGAACUGUUGAACUUGACUCAACAGGAUUAUGUGAACCGCAUAGAGGAGCUCAACCAGUCUCUGAAGGACGCCUGGGCCUCAGACCAGAAAGUGAAGGCUCUAAAAAUAGUCAUCCAGUGUUCAAAGCUGCUUUCGGACACAAGCGUUAUUCAGUUCUACCCGAGCAAGUUUGUCCUCAUCACCGACAUACUUGACACAUUUGGGAAGCUCGUGCACGAGCGCAUCUCCUCCCUGUGUGUGGAUCACCGCAGCGUCCUGCCAGAUCACUUCUCUCCAGAGAAUGUCAAUGACACGGCCAAAGAAACAUGCUUGAAUUGGUUUUUCAAGAUUGCUUCCAUCAGGGAACUCAUUCCGAGAUUUUACGUGGAAGCGUCCAUCCUGAAAUGUAACAAGUUCCUCUCCAAAACGGGGAUCUCAGAAUGUCUGCCCCGACUGACGUGUAUGAUCCGAGGGAUCGGAGACCCGCUAGUGUCCGUGUACGCCAGGGCCUACCUGUGCCGGGUGGGGAUGGAGGUGGCGCCACAUCUGAAAGAAAGCCUGAAUAAGAACUUCUUUGACUUCCUCCUCACAUUCAAACAGAUUCACGGGGACACGGUCCAGAACCAGCUGGUGGUCCAGGGAGUGGAGCUCCCCUCCUACCUGCCCUUGUACUCCCCUGCCAUGGAUUGGAUCUUCCAGUGCAUCUCCUACCAUGCCCCGGAGGCCCUGCUAACUGAGAUGAUGGAGAGAUGCAAGAAACUAGGAAACAACGCCUUGCUGUUGAAUUCCGUGAUGUCCGCUUUCCGGGCCGAGUUCAUCGCCACGAGGUCCAUGGAUUUCAUCGGCAUGAUUAAAGAGUGUGAUGAGUCGGGUUUCCCCAAGCAUCUCCUUUUUCGCUCACUGGGGUUAAACUUAGCCUUGGCUGACCCUCCUGAGGGUGAUCGACUCCAGAUUCUCAAUGAAGCUUGGAAAGUUAUCACUAAGUUGAAGAAUCCACAGGACUACGUCAACUGUGCCGAGGUGUGGGUGCAGUACACCUGCAAGCAUUUCACGAAACGAGAGGUGAAUACCGUUUUGGCUGAUGUCAUCAAGCACAUGACUCCAGAUCGUGCAUUUGAAGACUCCUACCCUCAGCUUCAGUCAAUAAUUAAGAAGGUGAUUGCUCACUUCCACGAUUUCUCCGUUCUCUUCUCAGUGGAAAAAUUUUUGCCGUUUCUGGACAUGUUCCAGAAAGAGAGUGUGCGGGUGGAGGUUUGCAAAUGCAUCAUGGAAGUCUUCAUCAAGCAUCAGCAGGAGCCCACGAAGGACCCCGUCAUCCUGAACGCCCUUCUGCACGUCUGUAAGACCAUGCACGACUCCGUGAAUGCACUCACUCUUGAGGAUGAGAAAAGAAUGCUGGCAUAUUUGAUUAAUGGAUUUAUAAAAAUGGUGUCCUUUGGCCGUGAUUUUGAACAGCAGCUAAGUUUUUAUGUUGAGGCUAGAUCGAUGUUUUGCAACCUGGAACCUGUUCUUGUGCAGUUGAUUCACAGUGUAAACCGGUUGGCAAUGGAAACGAGAAAAGUAAUGAAAGGAAAUCAUUCCAGAAAGACGGCUGCAUUUGUCCGGGCCUGCGUCGCCUACUGCUUCAUCACCAUCCCCUCCCUGGUGGGCAUCUUCACGCGCCUCAACCUCUACCUGCAUUCUGGUCAGGUGGCCUUGGCCAACCAGUGCCUCUCCCAGGCUGAUGCCUUCUUCAAAGCCGCUAUAAGCCUCAUUCCGGAAGUUCCAAAGAUGAUUAAUAUCGAUGGAAAGAUGCGACCGUCGGAAUCCUUCCUUCUGGAAUUCCUCUGCAAUUUCUUUUCUACUUUAUUAAUAGUUCCGGAUCAUCCGGAACACGGGGUCCUGUUCCUUGUCCGAGAGCUUCUCAACGUGAUCCAGGACUACACCUGGGAGGACAACAGCGAUGACAAAAUCCGCAUCUACACCUGCGUCCUGCACCUCCUGUCCGCCAUGAGCCAGGAGACCUAUCUCUACCACAUAGACAAAGUCGACUCCAACGACAGCCUCUAUGGGGGAGACACCAAGUUUCUGGCUGAAAACAACAAGCUGUGUGAGACGGUGAUGGCUCAGAUCCUGGAGCAUCUGAAAACGCUGGCCAAGGACGAGGCCCUGAAGCGCCAGAGCUCGUUGGGCCUUUCCUUCUUUAAUAGCAUCUUGGCCCACGGGGACCUGCGCAACAACAGACUCAACCAGCUCUCGGUCAACCUGUGGCACCUGGCACAGAGGCACGGCUGUGCGGACACCAGGACCAUGGUGAAAACUCUGGAAUACAUCAAGAAGCGAAGCAAACACCCAGAUAUGGGUCAUCUGACUGAGCUGGCCCUCAGGCUCCCCCUGCAAACAAGGACCUGACUCUGGGAAUGAGAAGCCAAGUUCAGAAAGACCUGGUUUGCUUUUUUUGUUUUAUUUUUACACACAGAUUGGUUUAACUUUGGUCUCUACCCAGAUGAUUGUGACAGUGAAGAAGUGGGAAAGGGCAGAGCAUUAAAAUCCAAUCCUGUUCGCAGAGUA